AUGCAGUGUGGUCUGACCUACAAUGUUACAGUGGUGGCCCAGGAUGAGGCCUGCAACAGCUCCCACAGCCCCACGGAGCAGGUCCUUACAGCUCCUUGCCCUCUCCCGACCUUCCUUCCUGCUGUCGACUGUGCCACAGGUGUUCUUUCUGUAACCUGGAACAACAGCAUGCCUGGGGUCGUGUACACGGUGUCGGCAGUCGACGCUGCAGGUCACCGACACAACUGCAACGGCACGAACGCCGGCUGUGAUCUGACCAUGCUGGAGUGCGGGACAGAGUACAAUGUUUCCAUCACGCCAUCCAGGGAUGGAUGUGUGGGCGAAGACAGCCCAACACAAAUGAUCAAGACAGUUCCCUGCGUACCACACCUGUCUGAAGUGGAGAUCGACUGCCUGACAAACUCCGCCUGGGUGAUCUACAAUGAGUCUGCUGGAGCCGAGGAGUACGUCGUCAUGGCGACAGACAGCCUGGGUGAUGUCCAGACAUUUGAGUGUAACUCCUCGUCAGACGGGAUGUGUGCUCUGCCGCCGCUGAUAUGCAGCCAGAACCUCACCUUCACCAUCAAGGCCCGCGACCAGCAGUGUCCCAGUGCACCCAGCAACGCUGUCACAGCUGAGACUGCUCCCUGCCCUCCUCAGGAUGUAAUGAAUUCAGUGGGCUGUGAUAAUCUCACGGUCAGCAUCAGCUGGUCGGCCGAUCCUGGUGCGAUAUCGUACACCGCCACGCUGGAGCAGAUAAGCGGAGGCACCUACUGCUGCACAACUUCAGACACCAGCUGCGACAUCACUGAUCUGCCAUGUGGAGAAAUGUUCAUUUUGCUCGUCAUGGCUGAGGGACGAACGUGCAACAGCUCCCAGAGUGAAGGGCAAAUCCUCAGGACAGUGCCAUGCGUUCCCCAGAACCUCCAAGCCAGUCUGAGCUGCAGCGACAAUGUGGCCUCCAUGACGUGGAACCACAGCAGGGGAGGACAGUAUUACCGAGUGAGGGCCGUGGCUGCCGACGACCACAUGCACGAGUGCAGCUCUCAUGAGAACAAGUGUGACCUGACAGAUCUGCACUGUGGAGAGUAUUACACAGCUACUGUGAUGGCAGAGGACAGCGACUGCCAGAGCAACCAGAGCGACAGUGUGACUAUCAAGACUGUGCCGUGCACCCCAGAAAACGUCUCCUCUGUGGUGGACUGUGAGGAGAAUACUCUGACUGUGUCCUGGUCUGAGAGCUCAGGAGCUGACUCCUACAUCGCCACAGUGCAGGACAGUGUAGGUCAGACCACAACCUGCCAGGGCACGACUGAGGGCUCCUGCGAUGUGGCGGGACUCGGCUGUGGUCAGAUCUACCAUGUCUCCGUGGUGUCCUCUGAUGGAUACUGCGACAGCCCGCCCUCUCCUGUGGUCAACACACCUUCAGUGCCCUGUAAGCCGUCACAUAUCAGUGCAGUGAUGGACUACUACACGCAGACAGCCGAGGUGGCGUGGUACCCCAGUGAUGGAGCUCUGUGGUAUAUGGCUAUAGCCACCACCGCGUCGGGCCACAACGUCACCUGUGAGACAAACACCACCAACUGUGUCCUGGAGGGGCUGCUCUGUGGGCAGAGCUACUCUGUCUACGUGAAAGCUGUGGGACCAAUCUGCAGCAGCAUGGCUCAUAUGAUGGGACAACUGGUCACCGAGCCGUGCAUCCCUGAACACAUCACCACUCAAUACAGCCUCUCGAUCGCCCAGGUGAUGUGGGACUUGACACCUGGUGCUUCCUACUACACAGUUGAAGGCGUAACAGAGCAGGGCCUGACGGUCACCUGCACUACCAGCGACACUUACUGUCCCUUGUACAACUUGGCCUGUGGCCAGAUGUACAGCAUCAACGUCACAGCGAACAAUCACGUGUGUCAAGGCUUGUCCACCUCCACUGAAUCAGUUACGAUUACGACAGAGCCCUGCCCGCCUCAGAAUGUGCAAACCAAUGUGCAGUGUGAGAACGACUUGGGAACCGUGUCAUGGGAGGCAAGUUAUGGUGCGGUGGGCUACAGUGUGCAGCUCGCUGGGCGUGACAGCCACUCUCUGUCCUGUUACGCCACCAACACUUUCUGUAACGUAGAAGGCCUUCACUGUGGAGUCGUCUACUACACCAACGUCAUCGCCAUCGGAGAGGCACACAACAGCAGCCUCUCCACUACCGUGCUGCUCGUUGCAGCUCCCUGUGCAGCUGUAAAUCUAACAGCUUCUUCAGACUGUGACAACAACACAGCUGAGAUCUCCUGGAGUCCGGGCAGUGGAGAUAACUCCUACAUGGUGUCUGCCAUUGGAGAGGAUGGCCACCAGGAUUCCUGUGAGUCCACUGAUCAGCAGUGUGAACUGACUGAGCUGCAGUGUGGUCAGACGUAUAACGUCAGCCUUACAACCAUCAGCGACCAGUGCCAGACUAAGUCACCCACUGAUGUCACCUUCAGCACACGGCCCUGUAAACCUCUGCGUGUUGGAGUGGACCUGCAGUGUGGGACGAGAACAGCCAACAUGUACUGGGAAGAAAAUGAGAGAGUGGAGCUCUACAUGGCUACUGCCACCUGCAGCAGGGGAAUGACUCUGCAGUGCAACUCCACCAACUCCACCUGUCAGUUCUCCAACUUGUACUGCGGAGAAACCUACGAAUUCUCUGUGACUGCAUACAGUUACAUGUGCUACAGUGAAAUCAGCAGCACUGUGGAGAUUCAGACAGGACCCUGUCAGCCAACUGGGCUGACUGUCAACGGGACAUGUAACAAUGAAACGGUGGAGUUGGAGUGGUCAGCGGCCGAAGGGGCAUCAAUCUACGUGGUGACAGCAACAGGAGACCUGGGAUACACCACAUCUUUCCAAACUGAAGAGACCACGGCAGAGACUGAGCUGCCCUGCGGACAACUGUUUACUUUCACUGUAAAAGCUCAAGAUGAUCGAUGCGACAGCCCUGUGAGCAUGUCCACACAAUUCAAAACAGGUCCCUGUGUGCCUGAGCAUGUGCUGAGCCUCUCACAAUGUAAGGACAGUACGGGCUCGGUCAGCUGGGGCCAAAGCGAUGGAGCCGAGACCUACUUGGCCAUCGCAGUUGGAAUGGACGGCCACACCCACAUGUGCCCCACCAACACCACCACCUGCACUUGGGACGACCUGCACUGUGGAGAGCAGUACACCGUUCACGUCAUUGCCAACGACUACUUGUGCAACAGCAUGCCGAGCAACAGCACCUCAAUACGAAUGGCACCCUGCAUUCCUCAGAACUUGGAAUCAUCUCUGAACUGCACUAUGAAGGUGGCAUCGCUGACCUGGAAUGCCAGCGACACAGCUGAGUAUUACAUUGUAACAGCAGAAAGCAGCAGUGGCCACAAAGUGCCGGUCAGCACAGACGACACCUGGACCUUCAUUUCUGAGUUUGACUGUGGCCAGGAGUACUUCCUGUCUGUUCAGGCGGCAGACUCCGAGUGCACGAGCCUCCCAAGUCAACCAUCGGUGAUCAAGUCAGUGCCCUGCCCUCCCACCGGUGUCACCAGCUUCAUGAACUGCCUCUCUAACAUCGCUGUGGUCUCGUGGACCGGCUCGGCUGGGGCGGACUUCUACACCGCCACAGUGACGCAGGAGGACGGCCAGUCGAGCAGCUGCUGGUCUGACGACGGGCAGUGCGGCAUGCCAAACCUCCAAUGUGGACAGAACUACACAGUGACUGUCGUCGCCUCGAACGAGAAGUGCAACUCUGACCCCAGUGAGGCCGACACGCUGCAGUCAGUUCCUUGUGUUCCUACUGAUGUGGAUGUGCAAAUAGACUGCUCAACAAAUGAGGCUCUCGUGUCCUGGAGUGCCAGCGAGGGGGCUCUGUCCUACAAAGUGACGGCUCAGAGCACACAGGGAGCCAUGUCCAUCUGCGAGAGCACAGACCUAAUGUGCACCUUGACCAACCUGACCUGCGGGCAUGCCUACUCUGUCCAGGUGGUGGCAGAAGAUGAUAUUUGCUCAAGUUUACCAAGCCCGGCUACACUGUUCAGUUCAGUUCCCUGCACACCUAACAUUGGCUCAGUGGUUCUGGACUGCUUCACCGACUCGGCCCUCUUGGACUGGGACUAUGCCGAGGGUGCCUUGGACUACACAGCAACAGCCUGGUCCUCGAGUGGCCAUGUUUCCAACUGUACCUCCAACUUCACCAACUGCGAGCUCAAGAAUCUGCAGUGUGGUCAGACCUAUAAUGUGAUCACUGUGGCCUCGAAUGAAAACUGCAGCAGCCCUCCAAGCAACAGUUUGCAAGUGGAGUCAGUGCCUUGUCCUCCUGAAGAUGUUGUGUCUGUAGUGAACUGCUCUACCAACACAGCCCGUGUGGAGUGGCAGGCCAGCAGCGGGGCUGAUUCCUACAUUGUACAAGCCUUCGGCGUGGAAGAAGAUGAAACUGGCUGCGAGACGGACUCACAGUCCUGCAUCCUACCAGACCUCAUGUGUGGCUUCACCUACAACAUCACUGUGAUUGCCAUCAACAACGUGUGCAAUGUCUCACAAAGUGCUGUGACACAGCUGCAAGCAGUCCCAUGUGUACCGCAGCAGGUGGAGGCCAGGGUGAUUUGUGAGUCUGGCGUUGUGGCGGUCUCCUGGGAGUCCAGUAAAGGGGCAUCAUCAUACACCACAGUUGCCCAGGGCAACGGCGGCUACAUGUCAGAAUGUAACAGUAAUGAGACAACGUGCCUGUUUGAUGACCUGCUGUGCGGGCACAACUACUCGAUCACUGUUAGUGCUUCAGAUGGGACCUGCAGCAGUGCCGAAAGCUCUGCUGAGGAGCUCAGCACAGUGCCAUGCGUGCCACAGAAUGUAACAGCAGAGAUGGUGUGCAGCAAUGGCACAGGCAUUGUGUCAUGGGAAGAAGGAGAAGGUGUGUCCUCUUACACGGUGCAAGCUUUUGGGCCAGAUGGAGACAAGAUUCAGUGUAACAGCACCACAACCAGUUGUCAGCUACCCAACAUGCAUUGUGGCCAGUCCUACAAUCUGACAGUGACAGCUCAGGAUGAACAGUGUGACACCAGCCAUGCCUACCUCAACCUGCACUCAGUACCUUGUAGGCCAACCAAUGUCAAGGCUUCCCUACUCUGCCACACAAACUCUGCGGCAGUGACAUGGGAGCGAGCCAGUGGAGCGCUCUCCUAUCUUGCGGUGGGUGUUACAGCAGACGGAAGCCACCGGGCUGUGUGUAACAACACCAUGGCCUUCUGUGAUCUGACCGACUUGCAGUGUGGACAAACCUACAAUGUGAGCGUGUUCGGCAAAGAUGAGGCCUGUUUCAGUGCUGAGAGCGACAAGGUUUACGUGCAGACAGCUCCUUGUGCACCGCAGGACGUGACUGUUGACUCACAGUGUGAUGAUGGUGCCAUGACUGUGUCCUGGGCCACUAACCCCGAUGCACACCACUUCGAUGUGCUAGCAGUGAGCAACACCGGGGCGAGACACUACUGUCACACCAACGGUACUGCCUGCAACAUCACUGAUCUACCAUGUGGACGGAGCUACAAUGUGACUGUGGUGUCUGGGAGAGAUGGCUGUGAGAGUGAACCCAGCACUAUGGUGCAGACCUCCUCAGCUCCAUGUGUGCCCAGGAACGUUGAGGGCCGUCUGGACUGUGUGUCAAACGACGCCUGGGUGGUGUGGGACGCUUCAGAAGGAGCCCUCAGCUACUUUGUUCUGGCCCAAGGGGUCGGAGGUCACAACUCCAGCUGUACUAGCACCUCCUCUCCCUGUAGUGUCCCGGAUCUGAAUUGUGCGACGCUUUACACCUUUCACGUCACUGCUAUUAACGACCACUGCCACAGCAAAAACAGCACCACCUUUGAGCUUGAGACAGGUCCUUGUGCUCUAACAUCCAUUAGUGCAGUGGCACAAUGUGACAGCGACACAAUCCUUGUUGAAUGGGAGAUGACGGAGGACACACCGAUCUACCUGGUGACAGCCGAGGGCCACGACCAAAGCCUUAUUUCCUGUAACAGCUCCUCCAACUCAUGUGAACUCUCAGAUGUUCACUGUGGCAUGCAUUAUAGCAUCAUAGUAUCAGCUUCUUCUGAUAAGUGCAGCAGCCUCAGAAGCCCACCAAAGAAGAUCAAAACAGCGCCCUGUAUCCCAGACAGUGUGACAGUGGAAGCAUCAUGUGAGGACAAUGGAGCCACAGUGAUGUGGGGACACUCCCCUGUGGCCACAUCUUACCUUCUGACAGCCACAGGAAGGGAUGGACAUGUUGCAAACUGCACCACCUUAGUGAACAACUGCACCCUCACUGAUCUGCGAUGCGGACAGCCGUACGCCUUAAACAUCACGGCCAGCGGAGACCACUGCACCAGCCCAACCUGGACUUCAUCCUUCAGAACAGUGCCCUGUGAGCCUUCCGGUCUUUCAGUGGAUGUCGACUGUGAAACCAACUCUGCUGUGCUGUCUUGGAGUGCCAGUGAGGGCGCUGUGGAGUAUUUUGGCUGUGCCCAAUCUAUGGAUGGGGACGCACUCUAUUGCAAUAGCACUGUCGAUUCCUGCAUAAUUGAAGACUUGGUGUGUGGCGAGAUCUACAAUUUCUCCGUUGAAGCCUCUGAUGGCAUCUGCAACAGCUCGUUUAGUCCACCUGUGCAAAUGGGAGAUGCUCCAUGCGCUCCAACUGCUGUGAAUGUCCAUAUGCAGAGGAUAGGCCAGGCUCACUGGGCCAUGGUGUCAUGGGACAGUGUCGAUUGUCCCGAUGUUGAGUACCUUGUCGAGAUAACUGGCCGAAUCCAGAACAACCCACAGGCCCUGAUGGAGGUCUCUUCUUACUGGCUGCCCAUGGCAUACUUUGAGUUUCCAAUGCCCUGCAGCACGGCUUAUAACCUCACUGUACGCUCCAGAAACUCAGCCGGGGUCAGCGAGCCAUCCAGUGCUUUAACUGGAGUCACAGUCCCCUGUGCUCCACAGAAUGUGGAAUACACUGCUGACACACAGUCUGUUGGACUUUCCUGGGAUGCAUCAGUGUUUGCCACAUGGUACACGGUCUACAAUGUGUCAGGGGCAGGCCGUGUUUCGCUUUGCAACACCACUGGUCUUUCCUGCCAGCUGACCAACUUCGAUCCCAACAACACUGAAGUGACAGCCAGCAAUGAAGUGGGAGAAAGCAUCGCUAACAGAGAUAUUACAGGUCCAGUAAGAGCUCGCAAAAGAAGAGAUUUGCGGAUCCCUGAAAUGUAUGCCAAUAUUGGCAAAAAUCUUGAAACCCCAAAUAAGCCGAAUGUCACAGUGUGUGGAGUUUCAAUGCAUGUGAGGUGGAACGCAGUAAAGGAUGCAACUGGGUACAUAGUUGUGAUUGAGGAGAAAAUGCAAGACCACCAGACCAAUCCAACACCUAUAGUGAGAACCGUGGAGAAAAAUGUUUACUUCGAGACUCAACUCAAGGCGGGCACCACCUACUCCAUCAGGGUGGCAGCCAGAAACAACAUCAACCAAAGCAACUACUCCGAGCCAACAAUAAAAGCCACCUUCAAAUCAUAUGCCACAGAUACACUUAAAUAGACACUGGACUCAGCAGAAAUACCAUCAUAAGAGUUAUAUUUUUGUUUUCUUCACUCUAUAGCAUCAAUAACAGUUUUUAAGAGUUCAAUCUCAAAGGACUUACGGGGGAAAACUGUAAAAAGCAACUAAUUACAACUACAAAGCUACAGCAAAUUUCUUCUUUUGGGGUAUAUCUUAAUGUUUCAGAAAAACAUGAUCAAACCUGAGGAGAACCUUUAGAUUCGAAUGCUUAUGAAUCUUAGCAAUAGCGUAUAUACAUUUUUCAGAAUUGUGGCUGGUAUCAUAGCAUAACAAAGUAUUGCUGAAAUUCUAUUUAUCAAAAUGGUUUCAUUUUCAAGAUAGGUUAUCAUAUAAUAUUCUCUGGAUGAUUGUUAAACUAAAAAAGUAGUGUAAACAAAUAAAGUGAUAAUUUAUCAUGCAAUAUUUUUUAAAACCAUGCAGUAUAUUUUCUUUAUGAUGUACUAUGUGACCUUUCAUUUUGUGAACACUUUGACGGAUCUUUUUUAACAAUCCCAGAAAUUAAGGAAUAAAAGAAUC